CAGAGAAAUCUUCUUGUAACUGCACUACAUCAGAUUUACAGCUACAAAAUAACUUGAACAGAACUUCAGCAAAUUAAAGAACCAUUUCCUCUUGUUUGUGAUGAGGUUACAUGACCUACAAGAUAACAUAAUUUCCUUCCAAUGGCUUUCAUGUCCCCACAAUGCUUAUAACUGGGAAUGACAAGGCAAUUUUGUGUUUUCUAAAUUAUUCCUGCCUCCUCUUUCCCUGCUAAGGAAGACACCAUGAAUUGUACCAGAUUGCCUGACAUGGAUGAGACACCAAUCGUUUUCUUCAGGAAUCAGUCUUUCUCCAUCAACAGCACCCACCAUAUGCUUCCUCCAUUCUUGGAAGACCCUUGCAAGAACUCCACUAGCCUCACGUUCUUCUUGGUGGCCUCCUAUUGUAUUCUCAUGGUUGUUGGGCUGGUGGGCAACAUUUGCUUAAUCUGUGUAAUAGCCAAGCAGAAAGAGAAGGCCAAUGUCACUAACAUAUUAAUCGCCAACCUUUCCUUCUCAGACAUUAUGGUGUGCGCGUUCUGUUUACCUUUUACUGUGGUAUACACUCUAAUGGAUUACUGGAUCUUUGGGGAGGUCCUGUGCAAGAUGAUGCCAUUUAUCCAGUGCAUGUCGGUGACGGUGUCUAUUCUUUCUCUUGUCCUCAUUGCCUUGGAGAGACACCAGCUUAUUCUCAACCCUGCUGGUUGGAAACCCACUGUUCCACAGGCAUACUUGGCAGUGGUGGUGAUUUGGAUGCUAGCCUGCUUCACCUCACUUCCCUUCUUGGUGUUUCACAUUUUGACAGAUGAACCCUACAAGAAGCUAUCUUUCUUCAUGGCCUCCCUAGCAGACAAGGCUGCCUGCACUGAGAACUGGCCCUCCCACCAACACAAGCUCAUCUACACCACCUGGCUGCUGAUCUUCCAGUAUUGUGCCCCUCUGCUCUUCAUCCUGGUGUGCUAUCUGAGGAUCUACUUCCGCCUGCACAAGAGGAAGGACAUGCUUGACCGGAUGUGUGAGGAGAACCGACAGAUGACCCACAGUAAGAGGAUCAACGUCAUGCUUGUGUCCCUGGUCACCGUGUUUUCUGUCUGUUGGCUACCACUCAACAUCUUCAACACUGUCGCGGACUGGAAUUAUGAGGCGGUGAUGUACUGCCAUCACAACCUCAUUUUCUCAUUGUGCCACCUAGUGGCCAUGGCGUCAACCUGUCUCAACCCUAUCAUUUACGGCUUCUUGAAUAACAACUUCAAAAAAGAGGUCAAGUCUGUUUUUGUGCACUGUAAGCGCAACACCCUGGAAGAGGAUUAUGAACACUUUCCUCUUUCCACCAUGCACACAGAGAUAUCAAAGACUUCCCUCCACUUGAGCUGUGGGAAUAACUCAGUAUAGCAAGAG